AUGAGCUUUACUCCACCUCCACCACCAGUGUUCACAGGAGAAAAUUAUCACAUUUGGGUGGUAAAAAUGAAGACAUAUCUCCAGGCACAAGAUUUGUGGAAUGUAGUAGAGAAUGAUGCUGAACCACCUCCAUUGAGGGCCAAUCCCACGAUUGCUCAAAUAAGGAUAAUGGCUUGCAAUUCACCUAAGCAAGCAUGGGAGAAGCUGAAGGAGGAGUUCAUGGGUUCAGACAAAACAAAGCAGCAACAGUUGAUCAAUCUCAGGAAAGAUUUUGAAAAUUUGAAGAUGAAAGAGUCAGAGACUAUAAAGCAGUACUCAGAUAGGAUCAUGGCUACUGUCAACAGUAUAAGGCUCCUUGGAGAAGACUUUAGUGAAAGUAGAGUUGUUGAAAAAGUCAUCACUACUUUUCCUGAGAAGUUUGAGUAA